AUGACACUCAAAUUGCUUAUGAAUUCGACAUGGGGAUAUUCCAUUAAGAAACCUCAAGAGAUGAAGAGUAAACAUUAUGAGAAGGUCGACAACUUUGUUGAAAGGUUUUCUCCUUUUGUUUUGAAGUACGAAUUCACUCAAGGUCAAAGUGGCUUAGUAACCACAUUAAAACCUAUUGUCGAACAUUGGUCUUACCCUCAGUUCGCAAAGGCAGUCCUUGACAACUACAACAAAUUCUUCUCCGAAGUCAAAUCCAAAGUGAAGGUUUACUAUGAGAACAUUGACGCACUCAUGACGAACGAAGAAGGCUAUAACAAACUCAUUGAAAUGGGAAUGGUCGGUGAAAAGAUGGGCUGUUUUAAGCUAGCUAAGGUAUUUUCCGAAGUUCAUGUAAUAUCGAAAAGGAAAUAUUGGGGCAUACUUGAAGACGGCACAGAAAUAAAACAUUGCAUGAAAUAA